AUGACACCAGAGGAGAGAAGAGACAGUGACAGUGCCAUGGUUCAGCAUUCGCUUGAGAGCCGGCGUCGAUCAAGUGAAACUAAUGUCCUGGAUCUGCGAAGACAGGAACAUCUGGAGAAAAUGAAAGAACUUUCCGAACGAAAGGCAGCAAGAAGCAGAUACCAAACCAUGUCAUGUAACAGUUACUUCACGAUGAACCGAGAAAGUGACAGUAUCUUCUUGAAGGAUCCGCGCCUGACUGAAAACGCAAAGAAGCUGACAGCGGAACAGAUGCAGGCCUUAGAAUUGGACAUCUUCAUGCCGUUGGAUUUCUACGAGAUUUUGUUCAACAGAAUGAAAGCAAAAGAUGACGGCGAAGCUUCGGAAGAAGAGCAAGAAACGGAGAGCACAGAGUAUAGUCUAUUUUGA